CAUGGUGUCCAAUUAUUUUCCGUGUCCAAAAGUUGAUAUUCUGGUGCAGUUCUAGUUCAAGGUUUGGUACGAUUACCUAUUUUCGAAAAAAGGUUCUAGGUUUGGUGGGGUUUUACUCUUAUUUAUCCCAAACCCCAACACCCGUUUGAAUAUCUCCAGCACAGAAGCGCGAAUUAUGAGAGAGAUGGGGUCCAGAGACAAGGACCCAACGGCGCCGCACCAGCCCCUCCUCAGCAGUCUCGUUGUCCGCCCAUCCGCCAGUGACGGAGGCGACGAUGGCAAUGGAGGACGUGUUGGCGGAAGCGAUUAUGAACCUGGCGAGCUCCGCCGCGAUCCGCCUUCGUAUUCUCGUUCAGAUCGAUACAACGAUGAACCUGGAUCUAGAGUUCGUCCAGGUUCUGGUUCUCCUGUACGGCGUAGGGAUGCAGAUAACCGCCAUGGUUCUGAUCUUGAUCGUGUAGGUGGUCCACGGAGCCGUGAAUUUGGUAGUGGGAGGGAUCCUGGCAGACAUAGAGAAUCUUCACCUCCUUAUGGUGGAGGACUGGGUGGCGGCAGGCCAGCUGGUGGAGGUUUCGAUGCUCCUGGAUUUGGUCCUGGGCCUUUCAGAGGUGAAGGAAUGGGUAGAAACAAUCCAAAUGUGAGACCAAGGGAAGGUGACUGGAUCUGCUCAGAUCCUCUAUGUGGCAACCUUAACUUUGCAAGGCGAGAACACUGUUACAACUGCCGGAGGCCUCGCUAUCCACCGGUUGGAAGUCCUCAUAGGGGCUAUCCUGGCCGUCCACCUCCACAUGUUCGUCCUAGACGCUUUGCUGGUCCUCCUAUAGAUAUUUCGCCUGGUAGAGCAGUGAAUGGCUUUAGGUCUCCUCCUCAUGGUUGGGCAAGGGAUGGUCCAAGAGACUUUGUCGCUGGCGCUUCCCAACCUGCCCGGCAUGAGAGCAGAUUUUCUGAUCAUGGCAUGCGUGGGGAUCGGCUGGAUUAUCCAGAAGAUGACUAUAGGGGGAGGAACAAGUUUGAUCGGUCAAUGCCCGUUGACUGGGGACAUAGAGAUCGAGGAAGGGAUAACUUGUUUAAUGAAAGAAAAGGGUAUGAAAAGCGCCCGCCAUCUCCACCUCCAGCCCCACCCCUUCCACCUCAUUAUGGCAGAUGGGGACGAGAUAUGAGAGAGAGGAGCAGAUCACCAAUCAGGGGUGGCCCACCACCCAAAGCCAAACGCCGUGAUAUGUACAUGAGACAUGGACGAGAUGACCGACGUGGGAUGGGCCGCAACCGAAUUGGAGAUGCAUAUUAGCAGUAGGGGAUCUAUAAUAACAUUGAUUCAUGUAGAAUUCAGUUUUCCUUGUGUAGAGUGAGGAAUUUGUAGACAGCUAAGGAUAGAUCCUGUGCUCUGCUUCCGAUUUCCCGCAGCAUAGAAACUUCUUCUAACUUCUACUUAAUUUCUGAAGUUCCAAAAUCAUAGAUUCAUGACAGUGGUUUCUCAA